GCCCCGGGCGGAGUCGUUCUGCCUCGGCCACAGAUGGAGCUGUGUUCACCUCUGGAGGAGCGAGAGGAGUGAGUCAGUCUGCAGGAACAAGGAAGUGACUUCAUCCUGCUUCAGCUGCAGAUCUACGACAGAGGAGAGGAGCAGACAUGUCCGCUGCUGCUCCACAGGCAGAGCUGAGGCUGGUGGUGCUGGGGCGAACCGGACCAGGACAGAGCCCCGCAGGCUGCACCAUCUUGGGCCUGCAAGACUCAGAGCAGGGCCCAGGAGAGGCCGUGAGCCAGGAGUGUAAACACAGAGGACAGAAUGCAGACAGACAGCUUGUGGUCGUCUCCAGUCCGGCCUGGUUCAGCUCCGGCUGCAGCCCCGAGGACAGAAGAAAACAAAUCUCCUCCUUUGUCGCCUUGUCCAGCCCUGGGCCGCACGCCUUCCUGCUCUGUGUCCCUGUGAACCAGCCGACCGACGGAGAGGACAAGGCGUUGGACGCCCUGACGAAGCUGUUCGGCCCCUCCGUGGUCAGCAGACACACUAUCGUCCUCUUCACCCACACGGAGGAGCUGGAGGAGGACGAGAAGCUGGACGAAUACCUGGUCACGUGGCGCAAAGACCUCAGGGAGCUGGUGGAAAGAUGCGGUGGCCGCUACCACACCCUGGAGUCCCGCAGCGGAGGAGAGGCAGGGGAGAGGGACGCUGUCGAGGAGCUGCUGCAGAUGGUGGAGCAGAUGGUGAAGGAGAGCGGGACGCAGCACCUGAGCUGCCCUCUGUACGACGAGGCUGAGGAAAGAGUGAGACAGCGGCAGGUGGAGGUGGUGAGACAGAGGAGAGCAGAGGAGCUGAGCGAGGAGGCGUCUCCCUCAGAUUCACAACCAGAGGAAAACGUCACAGAGGAGGAGCUGGAGUCAGUCCGAGACGAAGCGGAGAGGAGCGUCGGUGAUCUGAAUGUGGAUGUAGAUGAUAUUUUUCCCUCCACCAGCGUCUCGCCUUCGUCCUCCUCCUUCCUCCAGGGCCUGUGGGAGAAGCUGAUGGACUGGUUGAGGUGGCUGCCUCGACUGGUGAGGAGGGAGGCCUUGUUUGGGGCCCUGGUCGGCCUGUUCAUGGGGGGGCCGUUCGGGGGCAUGGUGGGGGCCACUGUGGGUUCCGUGGCCACUGAGGUGGGCAGACGGAAAACACAGAAAACUAAAUAAGAGAUAAUCUUAUGUAUUAAUGUAUUAACGUGCACCUUAGAGUCACUUCACUGUGUGACUGAGCUACAGGCUAACAGCUAGCACGUGUCAGGAUAGUAUUUACCACUGAAAUCCUGCAAGUAUUUAUAUCUGAGAAACGUUACCACUCUCUAUAUCAUCUAAACACUUUAUUCACAGCUCACAAGUCAAACUUUAUAGAGUAAUAUAAUGGUGGAGGAAGUACUCAAACAUUUCACUUAAGUAAAUGUACCACAUUAAGUUUUAGGUAUUAUAAGUAAAAAUAUUUGAAGAGUGGGUCUCAGUGUGAUAAGAUGUAAAAAUGUAUUUAAUUAAAAUUGAACUAAAGUUUUUUGGGGGAGUAAA